AGGAAGCAUUGUAUUUUCAACAAAGCAUUGUGAAUGUGUAUAACACACAGCUGAUGAAAAGUGAUUGAAGACGCGAGAAAGGACUGCAGUUUUGAAAAUUAGUAAAAAUAAACAACUAUCCAGAAUGAGUUUUCACAGUUGGUUAUUGCGGCGUGAAAAUGGUCUCCUACGAAGUCAAGCUGAUCAAGAUUUUAUUAUGCCUCGAAUUUACCAAUCGAUGCGACCCUUAUAUCAGUGGAAUGACAAAUUUAGCAAAUCUGGUACCAACUUAGGAACAGUAAAUGUCGGUGGCGUGUUCAAUAUGGAAUUCUCUCCAGAAGGGAACUUGUUGGUUGCAGCUUGUGAAAGAAAGGCCAUAGUAAUGUUUGAUGUUAUCAGCAGACAAACAGUUCAGCGAAUAAUGGACGCGCAUACAUCAAACGUAAACUGUAUCAAAUUUCUUAAUAGUAGACAUUUUGCAACAUGCUCAGAUGAUACUACUGUUGCUUUAUGGGAUUUGCGAUUCUUAAAAACUAAAAUGCGUAGCCUCCAAGGACAUUCAAACUGGGUGAAGAGUAUAGAAUACUCGAAACAAGAUAGCUUGUUGGUAACAUCAGCAUUUGAUGGAAGUAUAUUUACAUGGGAUAUAAAUUCUUACACUGAACAAGGACUUAUAUACCAAAAAGUUUUCCAUACAAGUGGUUUAAUGCGGUGUCGGAUAACACCUGACGGCUCAAAACUUAUAUUGUGUACGACAGGCGGAUAUAUAAUGAUUGUUCAUGAUUUAGACUUAACUACACUACACAAAGAUUUGUGUGGCUUUAGACCAAUUAUAUAUAGACUAAUGCAGAUGGGAAAACAGUACAUACCUCAAGCAGCCAAAUUCGAUCAUGUGUUUUCGAAAAAACAGAAAAAGAACAGAGUGGAACUUGUUACAGAUUUUCCAAAAGAGAAUGAUGCUGAAGUAAUACUCGCGUUAGAGGUGCAUCCCAGGGGACACUGCUUCCUUAGUAGAAAUAUAAGUUAUGACGGCAUUACGGAAUGGUUGACUGUACAUGAUAUGGCAGAGGAGUCCGAUGAUGUAACCGAGAGCAUAAAGAAGCACAAUAAUGACACCAAUAAACGAAAACGUAAGCGCGAAUCUGAUACCGACAAAGAGGAUAAUGGAUCUGAACCAAGUCCACCUGCUAGCGGAAGUCACGGAACAAACGAUGAUGUAGUUUUUAGUAUCAACCGUAGAACACGUGCAACUAGAUUAGCAGCUCAAUCCGCCCGUAGUGCAGGUACACCGUCGGGAAGUGCCGGGUCCGGUAAUGCAGAUGGUAGUUCGAACAGCAAUAACAAUGCUAAUGCGAAUACAUUUGUCCCUGAUAUUUGGGCGGCUGAGGUAACAAUGCAAGAUCGCGCCACACGACAGAAUCGAGGUAGGGAAAACAACUCAACGAACGUCUACAAUUUUGUUUACGCAAUUAGCAGUGGAGUGUUGCCUGCUGGAGCUGUAAACAGCACCCCAUCGACAUUGCCUAUGUCUAGAAACUCGGGAUUACGGUUUGUUCGAGGUUAUGACAUACAAGUAAGCAGUGAUGACAGUAGUUCUUCAAGUGACGAAUCAACGCCUCGCAUUCAGUCGUCAAAUGUUCAGCAUCUCCUACCGUCAGAAUUAUCACCAGCAGUGCUAAGAGCAUCACGUAACCAUUCUGAUGGAAAAAUCUUCCAAAAUCCCAAUAAAUUGACGUACUAUAUAAAGGAAUUAAACAAAGAAAAAACGUUCAUAAAAGAACCAUGCUUUUCUGCUGAUGGUCGCAUUAUUUGCUCACCAUAUGCUACAGGAGUGAGACUUCUUGGAUUCUCUAAAGAUUGCUCGGUUUAUCCGCAUCAUAGUAAUUACUCCAGUUCAAAAAGAAAUCCUCAACCUUUGUCAGAGAUCAUUACAAUGCGAGCUCAUUCUGAUAUAGUUCUGAGUACGAGAUUUAGUCCUCGCGAACCACUAUUGGUCACAGGUUGUCGCAGUGGUAAAAUAGUUUGGUAUCAACCAAAUCUUUGAAUCGCAAAAUAAUACAUACUAUUAUAUACGCAUAUGUAAUAAACUAAAAUGAGGUGAUUCGUAUUAA